CUUCUGGAUACUCUCAAGCUUUAUGAAGAAGCUUCUGAUCAACAGGAUGUGGAAGGAGAGAAUGAAGAUUUUCCAAGCAGAAUUGCAAAGCUCUUCUCAACCGUCUCAAAAUCCUAGAAUGCCAUUUGCAUCUUUUUGGGUAGCUCUAGAGCCAGGUCAGCUAAAAGUAAGCGUGGAUCUAAAUUUUUUGAGCCCUAGUUGCUCGGGGUACGGUAUUGUGUUGAGAGACUCUACAGGAAAUGUAGUAGCUACAUCUUUUGGUAAAACUAAAGCUUCCUCUCCCAUCCAAUCAGAAGCUAUGGCUUUGCUCACUGGUAUGAAGAUUCUGAAAGAUUUUGACAAAGUACAUAUAAAGGUGGAAUUGGAUUGUCUUCCUCUACUUCAAGCACUGAACUCUAAGAACUUUGACUUGGCCUUAGAUGCUUUGUUUUUUAGCAAGGAUAUUGAUGUUGUUGCUGCUAGUCUUUCUAUUUUUUUAGUAUUUGUAAACAGACUUUAUAACAGGAUUGCCCAGCUAAACAAGGUCUAAAA